GUGGCGAACGGAUUUCCGGCAACGAAGUUCGCAAUCAAAAUGUCCUUGCCGCUAUGUCUAUUGCGAACAUUGUAAAAAGUUCGCUUGGUCCUGUUGGGUUGGAUAAAAUGCUUGUCGACGAUAUAGGGGAUGUGACUAUUUCUAAUGAUGGUGCUACGAUUUUGAAUCUAUUGGAAGUUGAACAUCCAGCUGGCAGAAUGCUGGUGGAGCUUGCUCAACAGCAAGAUAAGGAAGUCGGUGAUGGAACUACAUCAGUCGUUAUAAUUGCUGCUGAAUUACUUAAACGAGCGAAUGAGUUGGUUAAGAACAAGAUCCAUCCAACUACAAUUAUUACGGGUUAUCGGUUAGCCAGUAAAGAGGCUUGCAAAUAUAUUGCUGAUCAUCUGACGACUCGCGUAGAUGCGCUUGGGCGCGAGUGCCUCUUGAACGUAGCGAAGACAAGUAUGUCCAGUAAGAUUAUUGGAACCGACGACGAUUUCUUUGCGAACGUUGUCGUCGAUUCCUUGUUGGCAGUUAAAUCUACCAACUCGCGCAAUGAAACAAAAUAUCCUGUAAAAUCUGUCAACAUUCUUAAAGCUCAUGGCAAGAGCACUCGUGAAUCUAUAUGUGUUAAAGGUUAUGCACUAAAUUGCACAGUUGCAUCGCAAGCAAUGAAAACAAAAAUUACCAACGCCAAAAUAGCGUGUCUGGAUAUGAAUCUUCAGAAAGCAAGAAUGCCACUCGGUGUUCAUGUUACUAUCGAUGAUCCCGACAAACUAGAAGAUAUUCGCAAACGCGAAGCUACAAUCACCUUGGAGAAAAUUCAGAAAAUAUUGGCCUCUGGUGCUAAUGUGAUAUUGACAACAAAAGGCAUUGACGAUCUUUGCUUGAAAUCGUUUGUCGAAGCAGGAGCUAUGGCAGUGAGACGUUGCAAAAAGGAGGAUUUACGAAGAAUUGCUAAGGCAACUGGAGCCACUUUGACAUCAACACUUGCUAAUCUCGAGGGAGAAGAAACAUUCGAACCAUCAUAUCUUGGUUUUGCCGAGGAAGUUGUCCAGGAACGCAUUUCGGAUGAUGAAUGCAUAAUCAUAAAGGGGACCAAGGCACACAGUUCUGCUUCGAUAAUUCUACGAGGAGCCAACGAUUAUAUGCUUGACGAAAUGGAGAGAGCUUUGCAUGAUUCCCUGUCCGUGGUUAAAAGGACAUUGGAGAGUGGUAAGGUUGUCCCAGGUGGUGGCGCUGUAGAGACUGCGCUCAGCAUAUACUUGGAAAACUUUGCUACAACUCUUGGAUCUCGCGAACAACUAGCAAUAGCCGAAUUCGCAAAUGCGCUUCUCGUUAUUCCAAAGACUUUGGCAGUUAAUGCUGCUAAAGAUUCAACAGAACUUGUUUCCAAGUUGCGAGCCUAUCAUAAUAUGGCCCAGAAUGCACCACCAGAUGACCCAAAGAGUCAACUUAGACACUAUGGCCUUGACCUUCUCAAAGGAGAAAUUCGGGAUAAUUUGAAGGCAGGAGUAUUGGAGCCAGCAAUGUCAAAAAUUAAGUCACUGAAAGCCGCUACAGAAGCAGCUAUUGCCAUACUUCGUAUCGAUGAUAUGAUUAAGGUUGAACCCGAACAGAGGGGGGGACCAGAAGAUGAACAUGGUCACUGA